CAGGAAGUGAUGCGAUGUUGCUUCUUACUUCAAGCCCGCUGUGGUCAGUUGCCGAUGUAAACAUUGCAUUGAAUAUCAACUUGUACAGGUCUUAAAAUAGCGCUGACAGCGACGGGUUUUCCCUUACAACAUCGCCGAGUACCAAUCAGUCAACCCCGUGGAGGUUUCUGCUACAACACGUCCAAACAUCAGGUAAUUCCAAACCAGAACAGUGAUCUUGCCUGGGAAGAAAUCUAGAAUUAUCAAAGCCAAAUGACUCUCGCAUGACUUACACAGGACGUCAUGGCGGAAGGCGGCACGAAGAGCGGAAGUCAGUUGUCAAGUGCAGAUAAGCGUCAGAGCGCUCCUGAUGACGUGGAGAAGUGUGACGUCUGUCUGAAGUACCUGCCCGACAUCAAGACAUAUUACAAAUCAGAGAAGCAUGUCCUAUCAAUGCACGUGGAAUACUGGGUGCUGGGUCAGAGCGGCAAGAAAGGAGACGAACGCAAGAGAGAACACGUCAAACAUUUCACGGAGACGUUUUUCAGGAAAGUCUGCAGCUUGCGCAACAGCAAGGGAGGAGUUCUUGCUAUACACGUACAAAACAAGAACGACAACUGUGGCCCAUGUUUGGAUGAUUUCGAUCAGAAGGUGUCCAAAGACCUUUCCUUCAUGAUUGAAGACGACAGUCCAUUUGUGUAUAACUACCAAAGGAGAUGGUUUGUGGAUCAAAGUGGCGAGUAUAAUAAAGCUAAGUACAUCGUGGUCAUUGUCAAAGGCUCCUCUUCAGUUUCUACUAAAAGCUUCAACACUUUGGUGCCCUACGACGGAAGCAAGGAAAGACCGAGAGCUCGCGAACUGGCCAUUUAUUUGUCCGAGAAUCGGAGAUGUGGAUACUGUACUGAGAACGUGAGGACGGUUUAUAAGGAAGGAGAAUACGUUGAUUUAAUUGAGUCGAGGGGUGUGCAGUUUAAGAGUAUGAGUGAGGACGAUCUGAAAAAGGACAGCCUUGACCAUCGAGACAGGGGAAGGGUUGAACAAAUAGUCUACAGGCUGAUUGAGAAGCUGCACCUUUUGGAGUACCUUACAACGUUUUCGAAACUUGUUUCCGGAGGGUCGUUCUUUCUUGGCAUUGAGGAGGAAAAGCAGCCUGCUAUGGCUGUACACUCACCACUGAAGCAGGAAAGUGGCGAAAGAAAACGUGGAGCUCGGCAAAAACUGGAGUUUCACGAUGAUGUAUCAUCUAACAUCAGAGAAUGGGACAGCCGGAGAACCGAAGGAAGGGGGUCUGAAAGGUACAAGAAGCACGGUCAUCGAAGGUCCAGUUGGGACGAACCCGUUGACCAGAGACCAAAAGGGGCGUCUCGGGUCGACAGCAGACAUGCCAGGCGUCAAAAAAGUGAAUACGAUGAUAGGAAUCCAGAACGCUACAGGUCAAGAAGCAGAACACGAGAAGAUCACAGAAGUUCUAGAAAUACAAAACCAGCCUCUGGAACUGCACCCCGACAGUCCUUAUCCUCUUCAUCAAAGUCUCCCAUCUCUUCACCUACAGCUUCAAAAGCAUCUGAAACUGUUCCCCGACACUCAUCCAGGUCUUCCGUCCCUUCCUCUCCAGCUUAUAAAGCAUGUGAACGAGACUCAAAGAGGGAAGACCGUAGGAAACAUCCUCGUUCUAUACCACCUCUAAAUAUUCAACACCAAUACACUUCCCCACUCCCUUCUCCAUCAACACCCUUGUCCGCAUCUCCUGGUGGACCUUCAACCAAGGACAUCAAAACAGGACACAAUAUUGUGAGGGGAUUUCAGUUGAAAGGGUCCGAUACUAAAAAAACUGAUCGACAUGCUAAAGGAGGAAAUUUCCGAGAAAAUGAUGUGGCUGAGGUCUGAUGGUGACUGUCUGAGAGUGUGUGACAUUAACAAAGCUAUUGCUGUUGAGCUCCACUCCGUUGGGCAGUCUAAGUACAUCCUGGAGGUUCAUGUGAAGGAACUGUUUCCUGGACUGGUUUUCUUUACUAGGGACGGGCCAGAGGCAUAUAUGCUAAAACAAGGGAUGACUGUAAGGAUUGGAGUAACUGAAUGGCUUGAGCUGCUCAAAUCUGCGGCAAACUGUGAUGCUUUUGGUAACCUGAAUCCAGAUGGUGAUAGUUCGUAGUCAUUUGAAUCUGUGUGUCAGACUUCAAGUCUACUGGAUCAAAUACAAGACUCGUUACUUGAACGGACAUAUAUAAAAGGUUAAACUGGAAAUGAUGUUCAGCCUCUCUCUAUACAAGUACAAUCAGUUUUGUGUGGCAUUUUUUCUGUCGGUACUCCUGACUUAGCCUUAAGUCCCCUUGAAAACCUUUGGAAUCUCCUAAGGAUCAAUAACCUACUUUAAUUGAGAUCUUGAGGCAGCAAGUCUUGUCAUCCCUACUAUAAUAUAGAAUGUCAGUGUCAGAAUAGCCAGUCUUAUAUCCACCAAUUCACUUUCCACUGGGUUUAAAAGGCAAAAUAGAUUGUUUUGGUGAAUGCAAAUCAGUAAUGAUGCCACAUCUUAGUGAAAAAUGUAACUUGACAUACCAGUAGCACCCAUCACUCACAUUAACACUAUUUCCAUAGAAUAAGGAAGUUUCUGUUGCCAUAGUUAUUUGCAUCCAGUUAUGAUUUUCAUUCAUCUUUGUAACAUCUGCAAUUCUUCUUUGACCUAAGUGACCUUGUAUCAUGCUGUGUAACCUAUACUAACCAUGUUCUCCUAUGAAUGCACAAUGCAGUUUUGAAAGUGGACAAUUGUUGCAAAUGUUAUAUUUGGGAUUACACUUUCUUAGUAAAGUACUGAUUCUAGUACUUUUGUUGGGUUGAGUCCCACCCGGGAUUCAAACCCACAUGGUAAUCCCAAAUAUAACAAUAUUUCAUGUUCUCCUGUUCUGGACAAGAUCAGUAAUGGCAGUUCCUGGUGCCCACUGCCAUAUUACUGAAACAGUAAGGGAAUGGCUUGUGAGGCCAGUUCCCUGGUUCAUUUCUGUUAACCAACUUGGCUGUUUUUAACCAGUUAACCACUUAUUGGUCUGACUUCCCUUCUGCAACAUUGUGAACCCGUGAAGAUCCGGGUUGGAAUGAACCUUCAGUAACCCAUGCUUGUCGUAAGAGGCGACUAACGGGAUCGCGUGGUCAGGCU